AUGUAUGCCAGAGCUGCAAAUAUGUUCAAGAUGGCAAAGAACUGGAGUGCUGCAGGAAAUGCGUUUUGUCAGGCAGCCAAGCUACACAUGCAACUGCAGAGCAAACACGAUGCAGCUACAAGUUUUGUAGAUGCCGGGAAUGCCUACAAGAAGGCUGAUCCACAAGAGGCCAUCAACUGCUUAAAUGCAGCCAUCGAUAUUUACACUGAUAUGGGAAGGUUUACAAUUGCUGCUAAGCAUCACAUCACAAUUGCGGAAAUUUAUGAGACCGAACUUGUUGAUAUUGAAAAGGCCAUUGCACACUAUGAGCAGUCAGCAGAUUACUAUAAGGGGGAAGAAUCUAACAGCUCUGCCAAUAAGUGUCUGCUAAAGGUGGCUGCAUAUACCGCACAACUGGAACAGUACCAAAAGGCAAUAGAAAUCUAUGAACAGGUUGGUACAAGCACGAUGGAUAAUCCUCUGCUGAAGUAUAGUGCAAAAGAAUAUUUCUUCAAAGCUGCUCUCUGCCACUUCAUUGUGGAUGAACUGAACGCCAAGCUUGCUGUGGAAAAAUAUGAAGAAAUGUUUCCUGCAUUUUCAGAUUCCAGGGAGUGCAAACUGUUAAAGAAACUCCUUGAAGCUCAUGAAGAACAAAAUAGCGACUCCUACACUGAAGCUGUAAGUCCUCUUCUAAUACUGUAA